AUGGACUACUUUCAGGAUCGCUUCCACAUGGGCUUCACUGGCGCCAAGGUUGGCGGCGUCUUCGGCAGUUAUGUCGCGGCCAACUUCAUCUCUACUCCCAUUGCGGCCAUCAUCAUGGACAAGUGGGGCCGUCGCCCGGCCAUGAUCUCGGGGUCCGUCAUGGUCAUUAUCGGUGCCGUGCUUGCCACGACCGCCACGACGCUGGCCCAGCUCAUCGUUGGCCGAUUCAUGCUGGGUUUCGGCAUCUCGUGGUCUCUUGCUGGCGGCGCCUACUGUAUGGAGAUCUCGCUUCCCCACUGGCGUGGACGCUGCACUGGGCAAGGAUCUUACACCGGAGAAUAUGCUGACCAUACCAGGCUGUUCAACGGUGGAUACUGGCAGAUCCCCCUGAUCCUCCAGUGUCUCUGUGCCCUCCUCGUCGUCAUCCUCUGCCCGUUCUGCCCCGAGUCGCCUCGUUUCCUUAUGAGGGCAGGGCGCGAAGACGAGGCUCUUGCGUUUUUGAUCAAGUACCACGGUGGUGGAGACCCGGAUGCGCCGCUCGUCAGGCUCGAGUACUCAGAGAUGAAGGCCUCGAUUGCAGCCGAUGACCACUCUGCUUGGUACGACUACAGCGUUCUCUGGAAGACCAAGGCUCGCCGCUGGCGCACUGUACAGGUGAGGAUGAUCGGCUGCUUCAGUCAGUACUGCGGUAUUGGCCUUGCGUACUUCACCACUGUCCUUCUCAAAAACGCCGGAGUCACGGCCACUGUCCCCCAACUCGGCUACGGUCUCCUCUUCUCAGGCCUCUGUGCUAUCGGCUCUACGCUUGGCGCCGCCGUCAGCGACCACUUACCUCGUCGCAUUGCCCUUACGACAGGCUCCCUCGUCAUGGCGGCUGAACUUGCAGGCUUUGCGGCUGCCAACGCUAUCGUUGUCAGGGACGAGAACCAUGGCCUGGGGCUCAACAUUGCGGCUGGAAAGGCAGCGAUCGCCUUCUGGAUGAUUUUCGGCUUCACCUUUGGCUUUUUCGUGGUCGCGGGCGAGGCUGUCACGACCGACAUGCGCGCCAAGGGCUUUGCGCUGUUCAACUGCCUCAUGACCGGAAUGGGUCUUAUCAGCACCUUUGCUGGUCCCAUCGCACUAGGCACUAUCGGCGCCUGGAAGUAUGCGCUGGUAUUCGUGGCUCUCGAUGUAGUGCAAGCGGCCUGCUGGUACUUCUUUGGUGUCGAGGCUCAAGGACGUACUAUCGAGGAACUGGACUGGAUCUAUGAUCAGCCGAACCCUGUUGCCGCGUCCAAGAAGAGGGACUAG